GAAAUUCUCUUUUUAGCUCUAGCCUCAAACCGACUAAACGACCCACCAUGGCCUCCUCCUCCUCCUACUUCCACAAAUCGCCUCAAACCGUCUUCGAUGAUAUUCAAUAUCAGAUGACUCUCGAAAAAGAGACUUUGACAGAGCUGGUCAAGACUUUUCUCAAGGAGUUCAAGAUCGGAUUGGAGAAUUAUAAUCAUCCAAUGGCUAUGAUUCCAUCCUUCGUAACUGGUGUUCCGGACGGUACUGAGACUGGAGUAUUCCUUGCCCUCGAUCUUGGUGGAACGAAUCUCCGCGUCUGCGAAGUCACUCUCAACGGCGACAAGACCUUUGACCUUCGUCAACAGAAAUACAAGGUCUCGGAUACUCUGAAGACUGGGGAAGCUACAGUUUUGUUUGACUACCUUGCCGCCUCCGUAGACGCCUUCCUCACCUCACAUGCUCCCCCGGCCAAUUUCAACCCCAAACACGACGUAGUCCAUCUCGGUCUCACAUUCUCAUUCCCAGUCGAACAAACCGCUCUUGAUUCUGGUAAGAUUUUGACGUGGACUAAAGGUUUUUCGGCGAAAAACGCGGUUGGGCAUGACGUGGUCAAAUUACUUCAAGAUGCGUUUGAUAGGAAACAUAUGCAUGUUAAAUGUGUAGCGCUUGUGAACGAUACGGUUGGCGCCCUUCUUUCACGCUCUUACACCGCAGGAGGAUGUAUUUUGGGUAGCAUUUUCGGAACAGGCACGAAUGGAGCGUACGUUGAGGAUGUCACCAACAUCUCCAAACUGGGACCUAAUCACCCAGCAAUCGCCAAAGGAGGCAAGAUGGUCGUCAAUACUGAAUGGGGAGCAUUCAACAAUUCCCGUAGUCACCUUCCAUUCACCCCAUUUGACAAUGCACUCGAUCGGAUGUCCAUCAACCCUCGAUUCCAAGCGUUUGAGAAAUUUAUAUCUGGGAUGUACCUCGGGGAAAUUACCCGACUCAUUCUUCUUUCUUUGAUCGAUGCCGCACCUAGAGCGUUGUUGUUUAAAGGGAAGGCACCGAAAGCUUUAAACAGUCAGUGGGGGGUUGACACGUCUGUGAUGAGUGACAUCGAGUCGGCUUGGCAAGGAGGGGAGAAGACUGAGACUGUGAUUGAGUUGGAUAAGACGUUGCCUAAGCUUGGAGAGUUUGAGGUGGAUAAGCUUCCGGAGGGUGUGAAGGAGAGAUUGGAGAGGGUUAGGAGAGUGGUUGUUGAGAAAUUGCACUUUGAAGAUUCGGAGGUGGAAUUGGUUGAUGCGGCGAUUGUGAGGUGGGCGUGUCAUUUGGUGGCUAGGAGGGCUGGUUUGUUGAGUGGAGUUGCGGUUGCGGCGGUGCUUAUUCAAACUGGGAAGGCCAAGUUGGGUGGUGAAGAGAAGAUUGGGGUUGGGGUCGAUGGAAGUUUGAUUCAGUUCUACCCAAAUUUUGAGGGUACGAUGAGAGAAUCACUGCGUCAUCUGGUUGGUGAAGUCGAGAAGCGUGUUGACAUUGGGUUGGCGAAGGAUGGGAGUGGUGUUGGUGCUGCCCUGUGUGCGCUCCAAGCAGUCAAGCAGAUGUAAGAAGUGAAACACAAAGCUAUUAUCAAUUGUGUGUACAUGGAAUGAUGUAAAUUCACCUGGCUGCCACUAU